AUGUCAGGAAUUGAUCAAAAUAAAAAUAAUAAUAGUACGCCUCCCACACAAAAUUCAGAAAAUAUUCCACCAGCGUCGUCACUUUCACAGGAAUCGCAAAAUGAAAAAGAAAAAAUUGUCGAGAAUACAACUACAGAUUUUCCAACCAACAGUGAUGAAACUUCAAAUGAUAAACCAAAACUUCGAUUAUCAACGUCACUUCAUGAUUUUGUAGUUCAAAUAGCUGCUAACAAUUCAAAUGGAGACGACGAAGAUUCAGUCUGGGGGGAUCAUACCACUACAUAUAAUUUAACUAGAAAACUUUCUAAUGCAGAAGAAGAUGUCUGCUAUCCAUUAAGAAUUGCUAAAAGUGAUGGUUUUGAUUACGAAUCAUUGGAAGAAUAUAUUACAGAAGGAAAGCUUUUAAUUCAAAAAGAUGAGGAGAAUCAACAUUUAUCGCCUGUAGAUUGUGAACCGAGAAAAUUGUCAUUAAGAAGAAUUAGUGAAUUUGGUGAAAGAAUUAAGAAUGCUAAUGAAAUAAAAGAGGAAUAUCGAUUUGUUUUUUAUUCUGUUGCAUCAGGUACCAUCAAAGCAAGAUCACUUGCAGAAAUUCCACCCGAGGGUAAAACAAUGACCGAGUUAUUAAAGCAAGGGAUUUUUUGGCUUGACGUUCUUGCACCAACUGAUUCGGAAAUGAGAAUUUUAAGCUCGAUUUUCCAUAUUCAUCCAUUGACAAUGGAAGAUAUUGAAACCGAGGAAUCACGAGAGAAAUGUGAAGUUUUCAAAAAUUAUUAUUUUGUUAGCUUCAAAUCUCAUGAUAAUAAUUUAAACACAGCUGAAGUUGAGCCUGUUAAUAUGUAUAAUGUUGUCAUGAGAGAAGGAAUUUUAUCAGUUAAUUGGAUAAAUUAUGCCAUAAUGGAUGAUAUUACGGAUUAUUUUGCACCUUUAAUUCAUAAGGUGGAAUUUGAAUCCGAUGCAAUUGAUCAGCUUGUCAUGGUGCUUAAAAACUCAGAACAGCAAGACAUGUUGGUGAGAAUAGGAUUAUGUCGUAAAAUGGUUACGAUGUUAUCAAAGAUGUUGGGAACCAAAGUCGAUGUUAUUAAAGGAUUAAUUAAAAGGUGUGAAGAUAAAUUAUUGGUUAAUGAUAGCGAUAAAAAUGGACCUGGAGACGUGAGUCUUUACCUGGGUGAUAUUCAAGAUCAUAUCAUUACUAUGUUACAGAACCUUAGUCAUUUUGAAACAAUGUUGUCACGUGCUCAUUCCAAUUAUCUUGCUCAAAUAUCAAUUGAAAUUACACAAUUGAGUAAUAAAACUAAUGAAGUCUUAAAUCGAAUGACUGUUUUUGGUACCAUUUUGUUACCGAUGAAUGUUAUUACAGGUUUGUUUGGAAUGAAUGUUCAUGUACCUGGUCAAGAAGUUGAUAGUGUUGUGUGGUUUUUCAGCAUAUUUAGUGUGCUUAUUGCAAUUGGAGUAUUAGGGAUUGUUUUAAUGAAAAGGGUUGGAUUGAUGUAA